GGUAACGUCCAGUUGCUGAGUUGCCAGAAGAGUUAGGUAAGCGGUGACAACUUUUGAAACGGGUAUAAAAGACGACCCGAGAAAUGCUUGUAUCGAAGAAUAGCGAAGAAGAAGAUGGAAGGAGAAUCAAGCAGUAUUCAAGUCAAUGGAAUGCAAUUUUCGUAUGAUUUCCAAACUCCCAUCUUUUUCGAUUUCAACCUUAACGUUGUUCCCCGAUCUCGAUGUCUCCUCCUCGGUGCAAAUGGAUCCGGGAAGACAACCCUUUUGAAGAUAUUGGCGGGAAAGCAUAUGGUGGGUGGAAAAGAUGUAGUCAGGGUGCUUAACUUUUCGGCUUUUCAUGACACCCACCUCGUCUGUAGUGGUGAUCUGGCUUACCUUGGAGAGUCUUGGAGCAAAAAUGUUGGCGCUGUUGGAGAGAUUCCACUUCAGGGAGAUUUUUCGGCUGAACAUAUGAUAUUCGGAGUUGAAGGGGUGGAUCCAGUUCGGCGAGAAAAGUUGACUGAGCUGCUGGAUAUUGAUCUGCAGUGGCGUAUGCACAAGGUAUCUGAUGGUCAGAGGCGUAGAGUCCAAAUCUGCAUGGGUCUCCUUCACCCCUUCAAGGUUCUUUUACUGGAUGAGGUCACAGUUGAUUUAGAUGUUGUCGCGAGGAUGGAUUUAUUGGAUUUCUUUAAAGAAGAAUGUGAACAGAGAGGAGCUACAAUUGUCUAUGCAACACAUAUAUUUGAUGGACUGGAAACAUGGGCGACUGAUCUUGUUUACAUCCAAGACGGAGUUCUGAAGAGGACUGAUAAAUUACCCGAGCUUCCUGAGUUGAAGUCUUCCCCCAAUUUGCUUUCAGUAGUUGAGAACUGGUUGCGGUCUGAGACUACUAUUGAGAAAAAGAAGCCGGCUCCCGCUCCACCAAAAGUGCAAAAGUCCUCUCCAUUUGGCAGUUCUCCAUUUCAGUCAUCUAGACAUAUGGCGUAUUUUCGCUGAUUUACGUGUUCUGUUUCGAGAGUGGAAAUAAACCUUGCAGGAUUGCCAAUAAAAGAGAUUAGAGCUGGUUUUUCACUCUUCAGUGUUUGCAGCUUGGGAAACGUUACCUUGGCUGAAUUCAGAAGUAGUAAUUAUGGCUACUCGGGCUAAAUUUACAUGUUCAAGCCCUGAGGAUGUGCCUGUAGUGCAAAGUAUCAAUAGUGUUCCAUUCCUCUAUUUAUAUAUACUAUAUGUGUUUUUCUCCAUUCAUCUAUUCAUAUUAAGCAAUUUCUUGCAACAGCAAUCACCAAGAUAUUAUCUUACUUGGAAAAUUCAUCACUUUAUUUAGCACCUACCAGGUGUGUAGUCAUUGAGCAUUCUAUGUUUUUGCGGA